AUGAGUAAUGUCGGAGAACUGUCAUAUUUUCUUGGCUUGCAAAUACAACAACAAAGGGACAAUAUCCUUCUAUCUCCAGAAAAAUAUGCAAGAAAUCUUGUUGAGAAAUUCGAACUAAAUCAGGCAACACCUAUGGCAACUCCAAUGCCAACUACUAGAAAACUCCAAUCUAAUCCAGGAGAAAAAUCUGUUGAUCAGAAACUAUAUAGAUCCAUGAUCGGAAGCUUGCUGUACUUAACUGCAACAAGGCCAGACAUUGCCUUCAGUGUAGGAUGCUGUGUGAGAUUUCAAGCGGAUCCUAAAGAAUCACAUCUUAAAGCUGUAAAACGUAUCAUAAGAUAUGUUAUUGGUACUGUGGAUUACGGUCUUUCAUAUUCAAUGGAUACGAACAAUAGUCUUGUUGCCUACUCAGAUGCCGAUUGGGAAAGAUGUGUAGAAGAUCGGAAAAACACCUCAGGUGGUUGCUUAUAUGUUGGUCAAAAUCUUGUUGCUUGGCACAGCAAGAAACAGAGUUCACAGUCCUUAUCAACCUGUGAAGCAGAAAACAUUGCUGCUAGUACAUGCUCUAAUAGAACAGAAGCACCUGGCUUCUCUUCGGCUGCAAAGAAAGGAGAGCAGGUACAUCUUAAAGCCAGUUCCGGAGCUGGGACAGGUGAUAGAACCUCGAGUGAAUGA